AUGAUCACUCACCUGUUGGGAAGAAUUAUCACAAGCCUUUCUGGCACGAUUCUUUCCACCUUCGAAGACCGCACACUACGAAGAGAUGUAGGCAACUUCAGACAGAUGAGCCAAGAGCCGAUGCACGAGUCUUGGGAGAGAUUCAAGGACUUAUUACAACAAUGCCCUCAACACGGAUUCAACCCGUGGGAUCAAAUGGAUUUAUUCUACAAUGGGCUCGAUCAACCAGCCCGGUCUUUAGUCAAUGCUGCCUCAGGUGGAUCAUUGCAAAACAAGACUCCCACAGAUGCUCGAGACAUCGUCGAGCGAAUGUGUGAGAAUGCUUACCAUUGGCCGUCCGAACGAAGUGGUAUACAAAAGGUGGCCGAAAUCCACCAACUCGAUCCUUUAGCCGCGGUUUCAGCACAAUUAGCGACCCUAUCAAAUCAGGUCGCCCAAUUAUCAGUUCGAGGGCCACAAACCGAACGAGUAGCAGCAGCAAGUACUUCGCAAGCCACAAACGACGAUUGGGAGCAGGCACACUUUAUGAACCACCGAUUCAACAAUUUCCGGGGAACCAACAAUCAGAACCAAAACCCUACUCAUUACCACCCGGGAAUUCGGAAUCACGAGAACUUCUCCUCUGCCAAUCCAAAGAAUGCUCUACAACCACCUCCCGAUUUUAACCAUCAAAGAGAGCAACGAGGGCCAACGUAUGACGAGCGUCUUCACCGACAAGAACGGAAGAUGGAGGGUCUGAAGUCAACAAUGAAGAACAUGGAAAAACAAAUAGGGCAAAUCGCCCAAUCCAUGUCCACAAUGGCCAAGGGUGGAUUUUCGAGCAAUAUCGAAGUCAAUCCAAAAGAAAGUUGUCAAGCCAUAACCACCCGAAGUGGUUUGCAAAUGACCGAUCCUCCUUAUCCGACAGACGAGUCACCAAGGCCAGCUAUAACUCCUAUUCCUUUUCCAGAAAGACAGAAGAAGAAGAAGUUCAAGGAUCAAUUGAAGAAGUUCAUCAAAAAGAUCAAACAAAUUCGAAUCAACAUCCCUUUUGCAGAAGCCUUGGAGGUAAUGCCAAACUACACCAAGUUCAUGAAGGAAGUCCUAUCCAAGAAAAUUCGGAUCGAGGAAGACAUACCAGUGAUACUCACGGCAACGUGCAGUGCCAUUCUUCAGUCGAAUCUACCACCAAAAAUGAAAGAUCCAGGGAGUUACACUAUUCCUUGUAUUAUUGGAAAUUCUACUUUCGAUAAAGCUUUGUGUGAUUUGGGGGCAAUUAUUAAUUUGAUGCCUAUGUCUGUGUUUCUAAAACUGGGCUUAGGAAAUUUGAACCGCACUCGCAUGACUUUACAACUAGCUGAUCGCUCAUUGAAAUAUCCCGAUGGGGUUGUAGAAGAUGUGCUAGUUAAAGUAGAUAAAUUCAUUUUGCCUGUUGAUUUUGUGGUACUUGAAAUUCCUUAA